CCGGAGGAGAAAAUGAAGUUUGACUCCAUCUUUGACAGUCUGGGUCCAGUAGGAGGGAUUCUAACAGGAGACAAGGUCAAGCCUGUCCUGCUCAACUCCAAACUGCCUGUGGACAUCCUCGGCAGGGUGUGGGAACUCAGUGACAUCGACAGAGAUGGCAUGUUGGACAAAGAUGAAUUUUCUGUGGCCAUGUAUCUGGUGUACAGAGCUCUGGAGGGCGAGCCUGUUCCCAUGUCCCUACCACCUCCCCUGGUUCCACCCUCCAAGAGGAAAAAACCCUCGGUGCCUCCCGUGAUGCCCCUGUUACCCUCGCCCCCCUCAGUCAAAGACAGUCGCUCCUCCCACGCUGGCUCUAAGACCAUGCCCCACCCCCCUAAACCCGCCCCAGCCCCUGCCCCAACACCAGCAGCUGCCCCUUGGGUGGUGUCGCCAGCAGACAAAGCGAAGUACGAUGAGCUAUUCAGCAAGACGGACGGUGACAUGGACGGCCUCGUGUCUGGACCUGAAGUCAGAGAUAUAUUCCUGAAGACCGGGCUGCCCUCUGCCACACUCGCACGGAUCUG